UCUGUGAUCAGCGCCUUCGGGCUCCACCAUUUAAAGAAAGUAGCUUUAAAUAAAGAGGGCGCGGAGCCGUUUCUCGCCCUUCACCUGCCUGCUGUGCUGUGUGGGAGCACGGGGUGCCGCCGCUCCGGCAGUCCGUGCUGCGUUCUCGUUCCUGCAGGCGUUCCCCCACCGAGGUCACGUUAGUGCUGGGCGCUGUGCCGGUCGGUCCCGUCAGGAUCGUCCUUUCCCUCGGCGCUGAGAUCACGUCCCUGCUCAGCGCUCCUCUGAGCUCUUAGCCGGCAGCUCUGACCAGUGCUUGACACCGGCUCCCACCACACGCUUGUUUGGACGAGUUACUCGGUAUUUUCUGCUUCUUGGAUGUGGGAAGAGCUACUUUCUGGAGCCUCCAGUAACAGACAGGGAGCUGGCGUGCCAAAUCUGGUGCUCACUUUGCUGAUGGCAGCAAUUGUAAAGGGAAAUGAAGAUUCCCUCUUCAUGUUUCUUGAUCUUCGCUGGACUAGAAGAACCUGUCAUUCUGAAAUCUGGAGGACACAACUGUGAGCUGGUGCUACACUGCAAAGUGAUACAAUAUACUGCUGAAGCCAUUGUCAGAAUUUCAGUCUGAAAUUUUGAGAUAAAAGGACAAGUGCAAAGAGAUCUACCUGACAAGUCUGAAAGGAUUUCAAAACCUAUGUGGAUCAAGCCUGCAGAGCUGCAGAAGAAUUUGUCAACAUUUAUUAUGAGACUAUGGAUAAAAGAAGAAGGGCUCUGACCAGGCUGUAUUUGGACAAAGCAACGUUAAUUUGGAAUGGAAACGCAGUCUCUGGACAAGAGGCACUGAAUGAGUUUUUUGAAAUGUUGCCAUCCAGUGAAUUCCAGGUUAAUGUGUUGGACUGCCAGCCUGUUCAUGAGCAAGCUACUCAAAGCCAGACAACAGUCCUCGUGGUGACUUGUGGGACAGUAAAAUUUGAUGGCAACAAGCAGCGCUACUUCAACCAGAACUUCUUGCUGACUGCACAAGCCACAUCUAACAGCACGGUGUGGAAGAUCGCGAGUGACUGUUUCCGCUUUCAGGACUGGGCCAACUAGUGAGGAUGGGUUCGGGAAGUGACCUCUCAUUCCACGUGGUGAAGCUAGCUGUUCAAUUGGCCGCUCUGAGUGUGGGCUGUGCUCAAUCUUCGUGUUGCAUCUGUCAUUAUGGAAGGUCUGCGGAUGUCUCAGGCUCAAUCCCAGUGGCCGUUGGCUUUAAUAAUAAACGAUCUGAAAAUGUAACGGGUUGCUCAUGUUAGUUGAACGUAAUGAAAUGCUGAAGGAGUCGAACCUAAGGAAAUGCUGAGGGUAAUGAGCUGUGUUGGAAUCAUUCCUAAAAUGCCUUACGUGCAGCUGUGCUGCCACUUACAGACUUUUUGUAUGUAAUGCAGAAACUUUGAACACAAAAUUCUCUUGUUGUAUAGUUCUGACCAAACGUGUAACUGCUUCAAUUUGAACAGGCCUGUUUUUACAGUAGCAUCUUAGCUCUUUCCAAGAAGAUGCCCACGACAUGUAUAUAGAAUUCUCAGAGCUACCUGCUCCUGGUUGUAAGAGGCUUGUGAGGAUUGGCAAUGAUUUCUGCUCUUUUUGAAAGUUGCAAAUACAGCCUGUAUGAUUUCUCAAAUAGUCUGUUGGAAAGCUAGUGUUACCUUCAUUGAUACGGAAGGACUGUGUCUUGUCAGGUUUUCUUUUGACUUAAGCAUCUCAGAAUUUGGUGGUUGUUAAUUUAUAUUGAUCCGCGUUUAGGGAAUACUGAAUAACUCAGAACUUCAGUGCCAACAACUUGUCAAAUACAUGUGAAGGACUUCAGCUGCAGUUUUCCUUUUGAAGUCUUGUAGUGUAAGAAAUAGGUCAGUAACAUCAUUUCUGUCUGCUCUAACUGUCAGUUCUGUCACUGUGAAGGACGGAAUAUUCUUGCCAUUGAAAGUCUGCAAUUUUUGAAUCCCUGUUAUUUUUUCAGGAAAUAUUGUAAUAAUAAAAAAGACACUAAAGCUGUAUAUUACUGUGAAGCCUUCAACUUUUCAGUGCUGUUAUUCAGAACGGGUUCUUUGAUUACUUUUAACUUAGAAAAAGAAGCUCUGAACACAAGUACCACCUUCCUUGUCUGCAGAUUUUUAUUACAGUUUUCAUGUUUCUUUAACAUUUUUCAUAUUUAUUCAUGCUAUUGUGCUUUUUUCUUGUUUUAAAUAGCAGCUUUCAUAGAAUAGUUUUUGUGGGUGCAGGCUAGAAGAUUGCUCAUCUUAACUUGGGAACUUAUAAAGUACAUCUGAAUAUGGAUGCUUUUAUAUAGUUAUACAUGUGAUAGCACACUUGCUUGCUAAUGAAAAUAUAUGAGGGGAAAUUGUUAAUACUGUUGCAGUGACAGCAGCAGCCAUUAGGACUGCAGCUCACUUGGUUUUUUUACCUAAAGUGGAAAACUGUGAAAAUGAACAGUUUCUAACUUGUAUAAAAUGCUUGUGGUUGGUGUGAUAUUAUCCUAUAGAUAAUGGGAUACUUAGGUGAAAUGAGUGGCUUUAUGUAAGUUAAAGGUACUCUUUACAUCAUGGCAGUACAUUGGAAUUGGUAACCUGACUUGCUUCAGAAACUGCUGCUACACUGAGUGGUUUCUGAAGCUGCUGUGUAACUGGUUUCAACCUGAAGAAUACUUGGUUUCUGCAAACAAUGUAAAAAAUCCAAAAUUCUUGAAAACUGUAAAUACUGUAAAUGCAUUGUUAUGUUCUGUAUGUAGUGAAGAAAGGGUUGCUUUAUUCACUGUUUGUUCUUAACAGAAUAUACGAGGUUUAAUAUUUGCAUUUCUUCUAUGAAUUUGAGAAGAGAACCCUCAGUUUGCCUGUUUCUCAUAUAGCACUGUAGAACUGUGACUGGUGUGCUGUGCUUUUCCUGUUUGUUCGUUCCAUCAGUAGUGUUAGAGUCUGCUUACAUACACCAUACAGGUUUUGUCUCUUGAAAUGUAGCGAUGGGUGCACCUGUAACAUUUACCUUUAAACUUUGAACACGUUUGCCAGGACACACACUUACACUUGCACCUAAUAAGCUUGUUCUGGGAGUAAAUACUUACUGGAUGUUUGGAUCCAAGUUCUAAUUUGUAUACUAAUUUUGAAGCUGUUUUCUAUGCAGAAUGGGAGAUUUUGAAUAUCUGAGACAAUGUUUUGAUCAUUUUGUUCUUAUUGAUUAUUUUCGUGCUAUUUAAAUAUACACUACUUUUAAAUCUGGCUUCUGCAAUUAAUAUUUAAAAAAAAAAGACCUACCUGACGUGUUGUGUAGGAGGCUUACUACCUGUCUAGCUGCACAGACCCAGUUUAUACUCUUAAUUAGUAAGAUGUAUAGGUGGAAUUGGACUUGGUGUGUAUAUGGGGAUAUUGGGAGGGAAAUUUAUUAGAGAUUAAUUGCUUUAGUCUAGGGGAAAGUACUAGCUGUGUGCUGUCUGUUUACAGACAAAAAGUCUCUUUCCAGGUAGCUGGAUAAGUUAGGGAUGCUGCAGCUCGUUAUCGCUCCUGCGGUGAAGUUAACAGAAGAAAACAUAGAACUGCUUUUUAUUCCAUUACGUACCAAAUCAGUCUGUGCUGGUUUAAUGUUCCUUCUUGUUGACUGUGCUGUAAUGUCUGAAGUUUAUGCCAGGCAUCCAAGAAGUGAACAUGUUUGUGCUCUGAACUGUAACCAGGAACAAAUACCUUUUGCUUGAUAAGCAAACUGUUAAGUUUUGCUUGAUCCCAAGUCAGUGAUGUACAACCAGACAGCGAAACAAAGCCAGGUGAAGAGCUGAGCACUUCCACGUACUGAGCUGUGGCAGCUGAAGUCUUGGUAGAUGUUCUGUUUUGUGUGCAUUCCCUGUAUUGUCUUUAUAACUCACUGUUCUUAAUGUUGCUUUGUUGUUUUACCAUACUGCAGUUAAAUUGACCUAAAAUACUUGUACUGUUCCUUGGAAUGGAGAAAAGCAGUUUGUUCUUGUGAUACAGAUGACACUUUUGAUAUGCAUACAUUUCAUUGCUGUGACUGGAAAAAAGCACAUUAUAAAAGAAAUGCUGUUUUAUCAGCACUUGAGUAUAUUUUGUAAGUUUUCAGAGUUGUUAAAAGAUUUCUUGUAAGAUUCCAUUUUAAAAAGAGAAAGCCCCUUUUUUUUCCUUAAGACAUUUUCAUAGCUUGUUCUUAAGAUAUUAAAAGUUCAGGAAAUAA